ACGUCGACGGUGGUUCCCAAUAGGGAGCGCGCGCCUUGAGGACUUCAACUCCCAGAAGCCUCGGGCGCCUCGAGCAAUUGCGAGGAAUUCUGGGAGCUGGAGUCCGAAGCCCUUAAAGGACGAGUCGCAGCCUGCGGAGAAGGACGGGCCCUGGCUGUUGACAGCAUGGAGACUCGCGUGGGGCCCCUGGAGGAGAGGAUUCGGGCCCCCCUGGACCGCCUGGGGUUGGAAAGCCACCCCUUCAAGGUAGGAUGGUACAAUGCAGUCCUUCCUCCAGCUUUUCAUUUGCCUUACUCAGAGAACACACUGGCAUUUGUGGUAGUUAGUGUUCCUGCGAUGUUUGAAAAAGCCUUCAAACCAUUCUUGAAGAAGCACCUGCUGAAAAAGAUUCAUGACCCAGUAGAUCAAUGUAUUUCUCAUCACCUCUUACUGCUUCGAGAGAGCCUUGCUGACUACCAAGUGGACAUCAUGUAUGACUAUGAAAUGCUGCCCAAUCGAAAGCCAAAAUUCUUAGCCCAAACAGCGGCACAUAUAUCUGGUGCUGCUUACUAUUACCAGAGGAAAGAUGUGCAACAGGAUCCUUGGGGAGAGAAGAAGAUCUUUGGUGUGUGCAUCCACCCCCGUUAUGGAGGUUGGUUUGCUAUCCGGGCUCUUCUGGUUUUCCCAGAUGUGGAGGUGCCCUUCUUGCUCCAGAAUGAUCCUGUUGAUUGUGUGAGAACAGAGAAAGAAAGAAUAGAACUCUUGGAGAAAUUCAAUUUCCACUGGCAGGACUGGAGCUACCGGGACGUUAUUGAAGUGAAGGAAAAGUAUUCAGAAGAACAGAAAACCUAUUUUGCAACUCCUCCUGCUGAACGGUUGAAACUGCUAAAUCUGAGCAGAGCUGUGGGAUCUCCAUCCAAACAACAAAAACAAAACCCUGGAACGCUGCCAAGUUGGACUACUUUGAAAAUAACUCCCAGGAAGCAGCAGCUGAAAUAAAGAAAAUGGAUAUACACAAAGACAUAAAAUCCCUUCUCUCACACUUUGUUUCUUCUUGAUGCAUUUGUGACAGUUUGGGAUAGGGAAAUUUCGGAACAGGAAUAUCUAGCUCCUUGUUAGGAAGGAAUAACAAAUAUAGGGUAAAUACUGUCUUUCUGGAAGUUCCCCACUGAUGUUUAAAAUAUGUUGUAUCCUCUACAUAUGUUGCCUUUCAAAACCUGGUUGCUAGCAGGAUCAACUUUUCCAUUAGAUAGAAUGAAGCAGCCUCAUCAAGCAGCAGAUUUAAGUGUCAUGAAAGGGCAAAUGCUACAUCUCUGACCCAAUAUGACAUCUUUUGAGUGAUAUAAUAAAAUAUACAGAGCAUAUUAUUUCUUUUGAUAUGUCAAAAACAUUUAAUUACGGUACAUUGAAAAUUCCUACAUAAAACGUGUUAAGAUGGGUACUGAUAGCUUAAAUAGCUUAACAUUUAUAAUCUUUAUUUAGUUCCCAACCAGCUAUCAGCUGUUCUGGUGAUGUGCCCCAAUCAGUAUGACUGUGGCAUAUGCCAAGGCUAACCAAAUUGACCACUGAGCAUUUAGCCAUGGUUCAGACCAGGAACUAUCAGUUACCUUUUUAAUAAACAAAAAGUUGUGGUAAACUUUUUUGCUGAUAAUACUGCCCUUGGUGUGUCAAAUUUGUUGUUGGAUUCUCUGCGAUACUUGUUCUUUGUGAUUUUGAACAAAUUUGGGGACAGGGAUAAAGAUAAAUCUGAAAUUGUAAGUAUGGUAACAGAAGGCAGAUAAUUUCUGGUUAAAUCUGAGAUCCCUUUAAGAACAUCAUUUUCCCAAUAUAGGCAGUCCCCGAGUUACAAACAUCCAACUUACAAAUGACUCAUAAUGAAGAAAGGGGUUUUUUUUCCAUGUCAGGAGUGACUUGAGAAACAGCAAGUUGCUUCCAGUGCGAGAGAAUUGGCAGUCUACAAGGACAUUGCCCAGGGGACAUAUAGGCGUUUUGAUGUUUUAUCAUCCUUGUGGGAGGCUUCUCUCAUGUCCCCACAUGGGGAGCUGGAACUGACAGAGGGAGCUCAUCCACACUCUCCCUGGGAUUUGAACCUGCAACCUGUCAAUCUUCAGUCCUGCCAGCACAAGGGUUUAACCCAUUGCGCUACCGGAAGCUGCUAAGAAAGAGGGUGAGACAACAGGACGUGAGCGAAAUCUACCUCUAGGAAAGGAAAUUCAUUCCUUAAAGAAUUAUCAUGGGUAAAAGGUGUCUCCACUGAAGCUUCAUCACCAAUCCUUGUUUUCACAACAAAUCAAAUUUUCCAUUUGACAGAGGGACAGAAAAUGAGGUGAAAUCUUCCGAACGGGCACAGACAGAAAAACAAAUGCCAUAGAGGUGUUAACUAUGUUACACUUAAAAAUGUUCCUGUUUUGACUUACAUACAAAUUCAACUUAAGAACAAACCCACAGAAUCUAUCUUGUUCAUAACUUGGGGACUGCCCAUACAUAGGAAUCGUAAUUCCUCAUACACAUCCAUGAAGCAGCCUUGGAAAUCCAAAAAAUAACUAUAUAAUCAAAAUUGUUCAAAUGGAACUACAUUUUCUUAGUUAUAUGAAUGUAUAACUGGACUUAGUUACCUAUGUCUGGGCUCUAGUUUUUUAAAGGUGUCUGUGUUACCUGAACUAAAGUUUUUGCUUUAAACGUAACUUGUAAAGGUACCACAUGAGAUGCUAACCAAACUUGAGAAACUGUUAUUGGUAUUAAUUAAUGGUUGGAUACUACAUAUCCUGAGUGAGGAUGUGCUGCCCUUUAUAGCCCUUUCUCAAACAAAAAAUGUCUUCAGCCAGCUCUGGUAGCUGUGCUAAUGGACUGGUUACUUUGGUCCUGUUCAUAGUGUUUUCCUUUAUUGAUGGCAAAAGUUGGGGUUUCAUGAGGACCCCCUUGGGACCUAGUGAAAAGUACUGUAGUCAGGCAUUGGUCAUUUGGCUACUGUGUUCAGCCCUGAAACUUGUUCAAAGUGUUGAAAUGAGGGUAAAAAAUAUUUUGCAACACUCAUUUGAAAGGUUUUGUUUCCAGAUAGUUAAAAAAAAUCCUUUAUGCUCUUACGUGUUGGCAGAAAUUAUCCUCAUGUUAUUUUUGUAUUUCUAAUUAGCUAGAGCGAUCAUGAAUGAUUAUGGGGAUGUAUGAUUCGCUUGGGGCUCCUUUUUGCUGAACUCAGCACUCCUUCCAGCCAAGGCCAGCUGGGCCAGAAGUCUUCUCUCCUGGGUCGAUGAGUAACUGUUCUGGAUCUCAAGCCCCUUAUUAGCAUUUCCUCCUGAGUGGAGGAAAAGACAGCAAUUCCUUUUGCAAGAACCCAGGCUUCACUCGGCAGUAUUUUGGUAUUUGUCAGCACAUAAAGUUAUUGUUGGCCUCCAGAGCAAACAGAUUUGUAACAGAAAGAUGAAGUCAUGAGUUGGAUGAACUUCCUUCUGUUAGAUUCUGAGACGUCUGUGUGGGAUGGUUGGCCCAUGGCUCACCAUCAGAGUACCAGGUCUGAAAGGAAGUUUAGUCUGCUUUGAGUUCAGACUGAACUUGCCAAAACUUCAAAGUAGUUCCAUGGUAAGCUGAGACCAGAAAUCUAGAGGAGCACUGGAUAUCCGUUUUGGCAUAAUUCUCCAUCAUGCCAGUUAAAGCAAACAAAGAAGAGCUUCUCUAGAAUACAUUCAGUAGAUCCUGUACCCAGCACAGCCAAUAAUGAAGAAUGCGGCUACUUUUAAUUCAAUAACUUCUGAGAGAAUCAUAUAAUUUCCAACCCUGUUAUAAAUAGUGCAUUGCCUUAGUCAUGCUUCAUUUUAUUUUUAUUUAUUUAUUGUGUCAGAAGCGAAUUGAGUAUACAGUUAUAACAUACAGAAAAACCACAAACAAAGAUUAAAACUAGGCAUUAUAUUAAAUGUCAUUUGACCAGAAGCUGGCCACUUGGAGUGCCUCUGGUAUUGCUGUAGAAGGUCCUCCAUUGUACAUAUGACUAGACCUUGGAUUGAACCUCUGGAUUAUGAUUUGGAUUUGGGGACUUCGGCUUGCUUGUGUUUUAAUACUUUAAUGGUCAAUAUUUUAAUGUAUUUAAAAUGUAUUUUUUAUAAUUUGUUGGUUUAUUUAAUGUUAAUUGUCUGUACUGCAAUUGUUUGUUUGUUGGCAUCUAAUGACUGCCAGUUGUAAGCUGCCCUGAGUCUCCCCUCGGGGGUUGAAAAGGAUGGGAUAAAAAUGUUUGAAAUAAAUAAAUAA